AUGUAUGAUACUCAGACCGUUAAUACAAUUCAUGGAUGUAUGAUACUCAGACCGUUAACACAAUUCAUGGAUGUGUGUUACUCAGACCGUUAUCGCAAUUCAUGGAUGUAUAAUGCUGAGAGCGUUAAUUACAAUUCAUGGAUGUAUGAUACUCAGACCGUUAAUCACAAUUCAUGGAUGUAUGAUGCUCAGACCGUUAAUACAAUUCAUGGAUGUAUGAUUCUCAGACCGUUAAUACAAUUCAUGGAUGUAUGA